AUGGUCGGCCGACGCCUCCCGACGCUCGCGCUCUUCCUGGCGCUCAUCGCGGGGCUCCUGCACGGCGUCGCGGCCACGGCGACGCUGAGGCAGGUUCCCUACUGCGACGGUCAGGGCGCGGCGACCAGGCUCGGGUUCGAGUACGACUGCCCGGAUCGCGCGGUCGAUUCGAGCGUCAACGACGAGAACAAUCCCGCGGACUCGUGCGAAGCGAUCCAGCGCGUCUACCCGCCCGCGCCCAGCGCGCCGUACUACUUCUACAACACCGUCAAAAAGUGCCACAGCGGCGAGUGGACGCGCGUCGAGGACGCCACGCUCGUGCACUCCGUGGACAACCCCGCGGGUGUCCGAUACCGCGUCUCGUGGGGAGGCGGCGAAGACCGCGACGACACGCACCCCUUCGCCCCGAACAACGUCACAUACGAGUCCCUGACCAACGGUCGCGCGGGGUUCGACGGCGAACCGAUGUGGCACAGCGGCGACACGGGCGAGGGGGCGUGGCUCCAGGCGAGUUUCGACGAGGACGUCACCGCGAACGAGGUUUGGAUCGCGAGCGGCGCCGACGAGAGCUUUGGGCACUGCGGCAAUCGAUCCACCGCCUCGUACGAGCUCUAUGCGUCCUCCGCCCCGAACUGCUCCGUCGCGAACGAAACCCUCGAGUUUUUUGGGUUUCAAAACGUCACGACGAUUGACGCUCCGGAGCACGACGCGUCAACGCCGCCGCAGCGCCGGGAGAUUGGAGACGCGUGGCGCGCGCGAUGCUUUCGAAUCUACCCCGUCGGCGCUGCGGGUGGCGCGACCGACGCGAAGGCGUGGGGGUGCCUGGGCGAGUUUCGCAUCGAGUACAGCGAGCCGAACCCCACGCGAAAGACGUGCGAGUGCGAGAGCGGCGCGUGCGUUUGGGGCGAGGCGAUCGACGCGGACGCGCGCGCGGGCGGGCCCGUCAGCCGGGGCCCGACGGGGAGGUACGUCCGGGUGGUGACGAACCGUAACACGCCAGCCGGGCCGCCGAAUGUGAAAGCUCUCGUGCUGGACGGACACUUCAUCGCGUGGAACCUCGAGUCGCUCGAGAGGUUCGACGAGUCCGGGAUGCCCGAGGAUAUCCAGCUCGCGGUUCGCGCGACCGCGUCUUCCGUCGCUCGCACCCGUCAGCCCACCGAGGCGUGCUACACGUACGACGCCGCGAACGUCGAUCCAGCCGAGCGAAGCGACGCUUGCGAGGUGAACGUCUGGAACUUGAACUCGCUUAACGAUCCGUACGUCGAGACGGAUAACAAGGCGGAGGGGAAUGACUACGAGAUCGCAGAAUGGAUCGAGCUUGACCUGGGCGAGGACCAAGUCGUCGACGGCCUGCACAUCAAGUUUCGAGAUGAGGACUCGUCAGCAAACACAGACAACACCGUCACCGACCAUCAAGUCCCGUACUUUGAGAUUCUCAACUCGACCCGCGAUCGAGUGUACGUGAGCAAGCAGCGAUGCAAACUGAAAAAUUGUCUGCUGGACCUGACAACCGGACCGGACGCUUACCCGCGAAACGCGGGCAAUGAUCGGCUCAGCGACACCCAGUUUGACCCCCAUUAUUGGUUCAGUGACGGUGGUUCACAAUAUGGCGUCUCCAAGACGGGUGCCUGCUUGAGUCGAAACGACGGCCUGGCUAAGUGCAGGGAGCAGUGCGCCUGCAUCUUUGACACCAGCUGCGAUAUGAAUACCGUGACCGAUUGCAACGAUUGGUGCGUGAGCUCGGUCGGCGGUUGUAGCACCAACAAAUAUCACUUCGAGUGGAAAAUGAACCCCGGAAGUGGGUUCAUGUUCAUUAACGGUCCCUUCACCCGGAGUGCUUGCCUCGACUACUGCACACUCGCGUACGAGUACAACGGGGACAGAUCGGCGGCGUCGGCUGGUCUGUCCUCGGAAACGCCGACGCGGGAAGAGGCAAUCGAAUGGGAUCGAGUCGUCGCGCACCACCGCGAUUGGAGGAGCAGGAUAGAGCCGCCGCCGUACGUCGCUUUGAACCCGUCGACUCUCCUCGCGGAGUCAAUCGCGGCUGGCAACGCCGUAAAAUCGAAGGAGUUUCCCCUGGGCGCGACGGACGCGUCCGUGGAGUGCUCGGACGAGGGCUUCGGCGUGGACAAGAACGACCGGAGCUUCGCGCCAGGCGCCAAGCGCAAGGAGUGCUGGUGUCGGACCCGCGGAUUGGAGGUGACCAAGAAAUGGUGCGCCAUGAAAUCGGAUCCGGCGUUGUCGAACUUCGACCCGCCCGUCCCUUACGUCCCUUCCCCCGUUGAGCCUCCAUGCACCGUGACCAUCGACCGAGGGACCCACGGGAAACACGCGUUAUUCGAAGAUGAAGACGGCUGGCUCCUGAUUUUGGCGUACAAUCGCAAGGCAGGCGAUAACGAAAACAUGGAUUCUUACUUAGUUCCGUCGUCGCCGACGAAGGGUUACUCACACAUGUGGCCAAACCAAAUGGGACUGACCGCCUCGGACAUCGCCGAGGUUCGGUUCUAUUGCCACACCAGCAAUCACGAUCGCGUGAUAAACUUCUCCACGAAAAACGACUGGGUCAAGGCCAUGAUCGUGAAUUCAGGACAACUUUCGGGUAACCAACUUUCGUACUGGAAAUCGGGCACCACGAAGCUCAAAGGGCACACGGGCUUCCUCCCGGAUACUGCGACGAGCUACGGUUCCUCUAACCAGAUUACGUCGGGUUCCCCUUUCUGGGAUGACCAAUCGCACGAGUUCGCCUUCAAUCCAUCAUCCAAUCCGGAUCUGAUCAGAUGGAGAUGCGACGAUAUCGCGGAUUAUACAUCGGCGGACACCUCGCAUCAGAUCUGGAUCAAGCUGGCGCAAUAG